GUUGUUGGAAUCCUGGGGAACUUUUCUCUCUUGUAUUAUUACAUGUCUCUUUACUUUAGGGGAUGUGGGCAAAGAUCCACAAAUUUGAUUCUGAGGCACCUGACUGUAGCCAAUUCCUUGGUCAUUCUCUCUAGAGGAAUUCCAGAGACAAUGGCAGCUCUGGGGUUGAGACAUUUUGCCACUUAUUUUGAAUGUGAAGUUCUUUUAUAUGUUCACAGGGUGGCCAGGAGUGUGUCCAUCGGUGCCACCUGUCUGUUGAGUGUUUUUCAAAUGAUCACCAUCAACCCUAGGAACUCCAGUAGGUGGGUAGAUCUUAAAGUAAAAGCCCUCAAGUACAAUGGCCACUCCAUUAUCCUUUGCUGGGCCCUGCACUUGCUGGUAAAUACCAUUUUUUCUAAUUAUACUGAAAAAUGGAACAACAGAAACUUCACAAAGAAAAGAGAUUUUGGAUAUUGUUCUGCUCCAUUUUACGAUGAAGUGGUGACCCCGUUGUAUGCAGCAUUGACAUCUUUGCAUGAUGUUCUGUGUUUGGGACUCGUGACCUGGGCCAGCAACUCUAUGGUUUUUAUCCUGUAUAGACAUAGGCAGCAGGUCCAACACAUUCAUAGGACCAAUCACUCCCCCAGAUCCUCUCCUGAGACUAGGGCCACCCAAAGCAUCCUUGCAUUGGUGAGCACUUUUGUGGCAUUUAAUGCCCUUUCCUUCAGCAUCUAUGUUUAUAUAGCUCUCUUUGAUAAGUCCAACUGGUGGCUGGUGAACACUGCCAUAGUAAUCACUGCAUGUUUUCCAACUUUUAGUCCCUUUGUUCUCAUACGCCAUGACCCCAAUAUAUGCAGGUCCUGCUGUCAAAAAACUACACAACUCUCUUAUAUCAUCAGAAAAAUGUGA